GGUGUCUUGAAGUUACCUAUGGUCUGUGAUGCGGCAGAGGGGACCCUUUCCCGAGGUCUCUGUCCUUACGCCCGAGCCCGCUGGGAGGUGAUUCCUUUUCCCACGUAGUUCCCAGCGAGGCGCCUCUGGUGGAUGCUACUUUCUGUUUUCUUGAUUCUGGCGCCUCUCCCUCCCUCCCGUGCGAUCGCAGCCAUACGUGCCUGGUCUCCUGCAAUGCCUGCAUCUCGGAGGACAAAUUUGAUCAGGCCACUUGCCUCCAGAAAACCCUUCUUUACCUCCCACAGCAUCGAACAAACAACUGAGAUCCUGUUGCAUCUGUCACCUGAUGAAGCUGCCAAUCUGAAGGAAGGGAUCAAUUUUCUUCGAAAUAAGAAGACGGGCAAAGAUUACAUCUUAUAUAAGAACAAGAGCCGCCUGCGAGCGUGCAAGAAUAUGUGCAAGCAUCAAGGAGGCCUGUUCAUAAAAGAUAUUGAGGAUUUCGACGGAAGGUCUGUUAGGUGCACAAAACACAACUGGAAGUUAGACGUGAGCUCCAUGAAGUAUAUCAACCCUCCGGGCAGCUUCUGUCAAGAUGAACUGGUUGUUGAAAUGGAUGAAGGAAAUGGACUACUGCUUCUAGAACUGAAUCCUCCUAACCCCUGGGAUUCAGAGCCCAGGUCUCCUGAAGAUUUGGCCUAUGGGGAGGUACAGGUAACAUACCUCACUCAUGCCUGCAUGGACCUCAAGCUGGGAGACAAGAGAAUGGUGUUUGACCCUUGGUUAACUGGUCCUGCUUUUGCCCGAGGCUGGUGGUUGCUACAUGAGCCUCCCUCUGAUUGGCUGGAGAGGCUGUGCCGGGCAGACCUAAUUUACAUCAGUCACAUGCACUCAGACCACUUGAGUUACCCCACUCUGAAGAAGCUUGCUGGGAGAAGACCAGAUAUUCCCAUUUAUGUUGGAAACACAGAAAGACCUGUAUUUUGGAAUCUGAAUCAGAGCGGUGUCCAGUUGACUAAUAUCAAAGUAGUGCCAUUUGGAAUAUGGCAGCAGGUAGACAAAAAUCUUCGAUUCAUGAUCUUGAUGGAUGGCGUUCAUCCUGAGAUGGACACUUGCAUUAUUGUGGAGUACAAAGGUCAUAAGAUACUCAAUACAGUGGACUGCACCAGACCCAAUGGGGGAAGGCUGCCUGGGAAGGUUGCUCUCAUGAUGAGUGAUUUUGCUGGAGGAGCAUCAGGCUUUCCGAUGACUUUCAGUGGUGGAAAAUUUACAGAGGAGUGGAAAGCCCAAUUCAUUAAAACAGAAAGGAGGAAGCUUCUGAACUACAAGGCUCGGCUGGUGAAGGACCUACAACCGCGAAUUUAUUGCCCCUUUGCUGGAUAUUUCGUGGAAUCCCACCCAUCAGACAAGUAUAUUAAAGAAACAAACAUCAAAAAUGAUCCAAAUGAACUCAACAAUCUUAUCAAGAAAAAUUCUGAUGUGGUAACAUGGACCCCGCGACCUGGAGCUACUCUUGACCUGGGUAGGAUGCUAAAGGACCCAACAGACAGCAAGGGCAUCAUAGAGCCUCCAGAAGGGACCAAAAUUUACAAAGAUUCCUGGGACUUUGGACCGUAUUUGAAGAUCUUGAAUGCUUCUAUAGAAGAUGAAAUAUUUCGUCACUCAUCCUGGAUAAAAGAGUACUACACUUGGGCUGGAUUUAAGGAUUAUAACCUGGUGGUCAGGAUGAUUGAGACAGAUGAAGACUUCAGCCCUUUUCCUGGAGGAUAUGACUACUUGGUUGACUUUCUAGAUUUAUCCUUUCCAAAAGAAAGACCAAGCCGGGAGCAUCCCUAUGAGGAAAUUCGGAGCCGGGUUGAUGUCAUCAGACAUGUGGUGAAGAAUGGUCUACUCUGGGAUGACCUGUAUAUAGGAUUCCAGACCCGGCUUCAGCGGGAUCCUGACAUAUACCAUCAUCUGUUUUGGAACCAUUUCCAAAUAAAACUCCCCUUAACACCACCCAACUGGAAGACCUUCCUGGUGCACUGUGAAUAGAGCGGACCUGAGAUUCCCCAGGGAUGCCAAACAAUGAAAAAUUCAAGAAUUUACUGAUGCCGCAUCUUGAACACAAGAAUCUUAUACCAAAGAGACUGUGCCUUAUUGCCAUCAGCAAUGGAUAACUACAUGCUGCAGUUGUGAAAUGUUCACACAUCUUACAUUUGUGCAUCACUACAUAGCCAGAUAAUUAAUAUUUUACUUAUUCUGUCUACAAUUUUCUCUAAAAGAAUGAAUGAACCCAAGAGGAACAAAUUUCCUAUGGAAAACAAAGCAUAGCAGGAGAUGUGAAUCUAAGCAUGGAAGAAAUAGAACAAGAGAAGAAAAAGUUUCCCGUUACACGAUAAGGAAAAAGGAAAGGAGUUGAGGAGUAGAAGUUGGGUUAGAAGAAGAGAAAUAGAUAAAUGAGGGCCCAUAAGAAGAAAAUAGGAAGGAGAAAAAAUUAAGAUGGAAUUUUAAAAAAGAGAAUGUAGAAAUAGACAUUUUGCUCCUUAAUAGAUUGAUUCUCCAAGUAGGGUCCAUGAAGAUAGGUUAGUAAAAACGGUUCAUGAGCUGUUUUCAGUUUUUCAAAAAGAUUUGUUGAAAUCAUAUAUUUACCAAAACAAGACUACAGAGGCUGCCCCGAAAGGGAAAAUUUCACUCGGACUGAAAUUAUUUUGAUUCAGUGACAAAAUUUGUUAUUUAAUGCACCUUAUAAAUUCUAACAAAUAGAUCUUUGAUUAAUAAAAAAUAUGAGCACUAUUAAUAAAACAAGUUUUGUAGACAAAAAUCUUUCAAAAUCAAUAGAAAGAUCAAUAAUCAAGAUCCAUAUCUUGAAAAAAUUUAAAAAUCCUCUUCUGAACAUUAAAAAACAUUGUUUCAAUGGGUAAAAUAGGCAACUAAUGUAUCUGUUUCUGCUAACCUCUGUAGUUUUUGAUGAUCUUCUCAUGAUUAAGACACCUACACACAAAUUUAUCCCUAGAAAAACAUGAUUGUUAACUAGGUUUCUGUUUUACUACACACCCCUCUCACUGAGAU